AUGAUGAAUUUCGAUAAUCUCUUUCGAUGUUUUAUAUUAACUCAAUCAUUUGUACGUGGUUGGGGAAAUCCAUUUCAUUUACAAAAAAUUUUUACUUAUCGACGUGAAAAAAUUGGUAUUUCAUCUCAAGUAGCUACAGCUCAUUUUCAACUUGUUUUAUCACGUGAUCAUCGUUUUGGUAUUGAUUCAAUACCAAUAGGAAUUUGUUAUGCUGCUACUACAUCGGUAAUCAUAUUAUAUUACCAUAAAAUAUAAAAGUUAGCUGUAACAUCAUAUGAAUAUCGUACGACUUACAAAUAAAACAUUAUAGUAGGAUCAAAGCAACUUUCUAUUCAAAUUUUAUAACAAUUUGUUAAGAA